AUGGACAGUGAUAAUAACAGAGAAUCAAAAGUCGUGCGUUACUAUAGCUCAAAAGGAAAGGAGAAACAAAGUGUCCAGUUUGAUACUAACGGUCUCCCUCUGUAUUCACCUGGUGGCCUAAAAUACAUUAAUGAAAAUAGGAACGAAGAUAUCUGUGUAUCUAUCUGUUGGGCCAGUGCAGUAGUGGUGGUCAGCCGAGUCGGGAAAUUUCGCUUUUCAUACAAUGGACCAUCCACUACUGCCACCAGAUCAUUUAAUCCUUACGGCAUCACCACAGACAGCCAAGGUCGGAUCCUGACGGCUGACUGUAAUAACCACAGUAUCCAUAUCCUUGAUCAGGACGGACAGUUCAUCCGCUACAUUGACAACUGCAAUAUUUGUUGUCCAUACGGUUUAUGUGUGGACACCAACGUCAACCUGUUUGUGGCUGAGUGGAAAUCGGGAAAAAUGAAAUUGAUUCAAAAUUACGUGUUCUAG